AUGAAUUUCCCUACUUUCGUCUCAGUUGAUAAGUGUAUAUAUCGAUACUUUGGAGGAUUAUCUAAAGGAUUUUAUCCACAUGUUUCUGAACUUUGUCAUACUUUGUCUCCUACAAAGUAUCCAAUUCCUAACAGUUAUUCUGUGAAAACUAGUUGGGACGCGGAGAAAGUUAACAAACAGUUCGAUGUGAAAUUAAAUGGAAAGCCGGAAUUUCAAAUUCUAUUUGGUAUCUUUUUCGAAAAUGAAAUUAAAUCAAAUAUGUCAUAUACCAAAGCUGCAACAGGUUCUGAAAUGAUAAUUAAAAAUGAAAUUUUAUUUUAA